CUUAUACUAGCGGGUGGCGGCGGCUGCGGGCGGUCGGGCGGGCGCACACCCCUUUCCCCCGUCUCUGGGAAGAGGGGCGCUCGAGCCGAAGGAUCCCCCGAGAACGCCCAAGGAUGGAGCAUCUCCGGCUCCGUGUGGCGGCUCCGCUGCAGCUGGUGGUGCAGAGGAGCGAGAGGAGCAGCGGCGAGCUCAGCAGGUUCCUCGCCAAACAGAUAUGGAGUCAGCAGGACCGUCAGUGCAUCCUCAGUGCCUUAGCACAAUUAUUAGUGGAUAAAGAAUACACACUUCUAAUUGGCCGUCAGUUUCGUCCAAUCGUGCUAGAUUUGUUGGAAAGAAAUGCAGAAAUCAUUAAAUCUAGUGGACAGAUUAACCAUGAUCUUCAUGAGAGACUCUGUGUGGCAAUGAGCAAGCUUAUUGGGGAUCAUCAUGAUGUGAUGCCAUUUGCUCUGAGAUACUUUAAAGAGACAGCACCAGUGUUCCAAAGACUCUUUCUGGAGAGUUCAGAUGCAAGUGUGGUUCGAUAUGGGCGCCGGCGGAUGAAAUUAAGGGAUCUCAUGGAAGCAGCUUACAAAUUUCUUCAAAAAGAACAAUCUGUAUUCAGAGAAAUGUGGGACUGGAGUGUUUGUGUUCCCUUACUGAGGAGUCAUGAUACUUUAGUGCGAUGGUAUACUGCCAGCUGUCUUGCACUGGUAACAUGUAUGAAUGAUGAUCAUCGAUUAUCAUUCCUGAAGAAGAUCUUUAAUCCAGAGGAGUUAAUACAUUUCAGACUGAAGCUACUGGAAGAAUCACGGAUGCAGAAUGUCGAGUCUGGUCUGGUCUUGGCCAACCCAGACUUAACCUUUUGGGACAAAGAAGGGGAAUUGCGGUACACUCAGGGACAGCUAGUAUCUGCUGACCUUUCUUCAAAGGUAGUAGCAGUAUGUGGAGUGCUGCUUCCUAGACAACAGUUUGGGCCCCAAGAAAAUCAGGCAAACAUCUUGAACCGAUUUGUGUUAGUGAAGUCUACCUGCACAAAUCUUCAAAGCCUUGCUAUGGCUGUAUCUUCACAAAAUGCAGUGUUGCUUGAAGGGCCAGUAGGAUGUGGCAAAACCUCUUUAGUAGAGUUUCUGGCUGCGCUUACUGGACGAGCAAAGCCACCUCACAUUCUGAAAAUCCAACUGGGGGAUCAAACUGACAGUAAGACAUUACUGGGCAUGUAUCGUUGUACAGAUGUACCAGGGGAGUUCGUUUGGCAACCAGGGUCCUUAACAGAAGCAGUCAGCAAAGGGCGCUGGAUACUUCUGGAAGAUAUAGAUUAUGCCCCUCUUGAUGUGAUCUCUGUAUUAAUUCCUCUUCUGGAAAAUGGAGAAUUAUUGAUUCCUGGACGAAGUGACUGUAUAAAAAAAGCUCCUGGAUUUCAUCUUUUUGCAACAAGAAGAGUCUUCAGUUAUGGUGGUGGUUGGUACCAACAACAGCAUAGCAAUGCUGCUCUCCUAGACAAGUACUGGAUGAAAAUUCGGCUAGAUAACAUGUCUAAAGCUGAACUCAAAGAGAUUCUUCAGAGGAAUUAUCCUAAACUUGACACUGUAGUAGAUUGUCUGUUGGACAUCUACAUUGAGCUUACUGGAGAUAAGCAUCUAUCUGAAAGCUCUGUUGCAACAGAUGACAACACAAUGGAAGACUCACUGCACUUCCCUGAAAACAAAAGGCCAAGCUUAGAAGGCAGAGAGUUAUCUCUGAGGGACUUGCUAAAUUGGUGCAACAGGAUUGCUUUCAACUUUGAUAGUUCUUUCUCUUCUACUGCACUGAAUAUUUUUCAUGAGGCACUGGACUGCUUCACAGCUAUGCUAUCCAAGCAAAGCAGUAGAUUGAAAAUGACAGAGAUCAUUGGUAGCAGAUUGAACAUUACCAGGCACAAGGCGGAAUACUAUUGUCAACUUUAUAAGCCUGAAAUUGUAAUAGGAGAGCAAGAAGUUUCUGUGGGAAGGGUCCGGCUCUUUCGGAAGCAAACACAUAAACUGCUUGUGCAAAGGAAAAAGCAGACCUUUGCACCCACACGUCCAUCUUUAGUAUUAAUUGAGCAGCUUGCUGUGUGUGUUGACAGAGGAGAACCUGUGCUAUUGGUGGGUGAAACAGGGACGGGUAAAACAUCUACUGUUCAGUACCUGGCCCAUAUCACAGGACACAGUUUGAAGGUUAUCAAUAUGAAUCAGCAGAGUGAUACUGCAGAUCUUCUAGGAGGCUACAAGCCAGUGGAUAACAAAUUGAUUUGGAUGCCCUUGAGAGAAUCAUUUGAAGAGCUUUUUGCACAGACAUUUUCAAGAAAGCAAAAUCAGACUUUCUUAGGGCAUAUCCAAACAUGCUACAGACAAAAGCGGUGGCAUGAUCUUCUCAAACUGAUGCAGCAUGUUCAUAAAUCUGCUAUUACUAAGGAAACUAAAGAAACUGCAUCCGGGUCGUUGUUGAAGGAGAAGUGGGAUGAACUUGGCAUCCGCUUAAACCAUGCCCAGCAGCAGAUGAAGAUGACCGAAAACAGCCUACUAUUUGCAUUUGUAGAAGGCACCCUGGCACAAGCAGUGAAGAAAGGCGAAUGGAUUUUGCUAGAUGAGAUUAACUUGGCUGCUUCAGAGACUUUAGAAUGUCUGAGUGGUUUACUUGAAGGACUGUCUGGCUCACUUGUGUUGUUGGAUAGAGGAGACACAGAGCCAUUGAUACGGCAUCCAAAUUUUCGUUUGUUUGCCUGUAUGAACCCAGCAACUGAUGUUGGAAAAAGAAAUCUACCUCCAGGAAUACGGAACAGGUUUACUGAACUUUAUGUAGAAGAACUCCAAAAUGAAGGAGACUUGCAGAUUCUUAUUAUGGAUUAUCUGAAAGGGCUGAAUGUGAGCAAAAACAUAGUUCAGGGAAUCAUAAAUUUCUAUUUGUCUGUGAGAAAUGAGUGUGAAACAAAACUGGUGGAUGGGACAGGCCACAGACCUCAUUACAGCCUCCGUACACUGUGCAGAGCUUUGAGAUUUGCAUCAUGCAAUCCAUGCAACAACAUACAGCGCUCUCUGUAUGAGGGCUUUUGCUUGGGCUUUCUCACACAGCUUGAUAGGCAUUCUUACCCAGUUGUUCAAAAGUUGAUAUGUCGAUAUAUCCUGUCUGGGAACAUGAAAAACAUUCUCAAGCAGCCCUUACCAGAACCUAAAGGUGGUAGAAUGAUAAAAGUAGAAGGAUACUGGAUUUCAGUUGGAGAUAAAGAACCCACCGUUGAUGAAGCUUAUGUACUCACACCUUCAGUUAAACUUAAUCUUAGAGAUAUUGUCAGAGUUGUAUCUGCUGGGACAUAUCCUGUGCUGAUUCAGGGAGAUACUUCUAUUGGGAAAACCAGUUUAAUUCGCUGGUUGGCUUCUGCAAGUGGAAACCAUUGUGUUCGGAUUAACAAUCAUGAACACACUGACAUCCAAGAAUAUAUUGGCUGUUAUACAUCAGAUGUAUCUGGGAAGCUGAUAUUUAAGGAAGGUGUCCUCAUUGAUGCUAUGAGAAAGGGCUACUGGAUAAUCCUAGAUGAACUGAACCUGGCACCCACUGAUGUUUUGGAGGCACUGAAUAGAUUGUUAGAUGACAACAGAGAGCUGUUUAUAACAGAGACACAGGAAACUGUCAAAGCUCAUCCAAGAUUUAUGUUAUUUGCCACACAGAAUCCUCCAGGGCUUUAUGGUGGCAGAAAGGUAUUGUCUAGAGCCUUCAGGAACAGAUUUGUGGAGCUGCAUUUUGAUGAACUACCAAGUUCAGAACUGGAAACAAUCUUAAACAAACGAUGUCAGCUUCCACCUUCCUACUGCAGUAAACUUGUGAAAACCAUGCUGGAAUUGCAGUCUUAUCGCAGAGGCUCAUCAGUUUUUGCUGGCAAGCAUGGUUUCGUUACUCUUCGAGAUCUUUUUCGCUGGGCUGAAAGGUACAGAUUAGCUGAACAGACAGACCAGAAUUAUGACUGGCUUCAACAUUUAGCAAAUGAUGGAUUUAUGCUUCUGGCAGGAAGAGUGCGAAAGCAAGAAGAAGUGGAUGUCAUUCAAACAGUCAUUGAAAAACACUUUAAGAAAAAAUUGUAUCCUCAAUGUCUCUUCUCAGAAGAAAGUAUAAGGAAGCAAAUGGCUAAAUCAUCUACCUGGGUUUCUUUAAUGGAUGGUGAGUUCAGUCACGUUGUUUGGACUCAAGGGAUGAUGAGGCUUGCAGUUUUGGUGGGCCGAGCAUUAGAGUUCGGUGAACCUGUUCUUCUGGUUGGAGAAACAGGGUGUGGUAAAACCACUAUUUGUCAGAUGUUUGCAGCUUUAGCAAGUCAGAAAUUGCACAGUGUGAACUGCCACUUGCAUAUGGAGACCUCGGAUUUCCUGGGUGGACUGCGGCCAGUCAGGCAGCGAUCAAAGAGCAAGGAGGAGUUUGGCAAUUCUAGACUGUUUGAGUGGCAUGAUGGAGCCCUUGUUUUAGCAAUGAGAGAAGAUGGGUUUUUUCUGAUGGAUGAGAUUUCAUUAGCUGAUGAUUCUGUUUUAGAAAGACUUAAUAGUGUUCUUGAAACUGAAAAGACACUGGUGUUAGCAGAAAAAGGUGGUGAGGACAAUGAAGUUGAAUUGCUCACUGCCGGAAAGAAAUUCCGUAUUUUAGCUACAAUGAAUCCUGGUGGAGACUUUGGAAAGAAAGAGUUAUCACCUGCCCUGCGUAACAGAUUUACAGAAAUAUGGUGUCCACAAAGUAACAGUCGUGAGGAUUUAAUACAGAUUGUAAGGCAUAAUCUUCACCCAGCACUCAGUCUGGCCCAAAGAAAUGACAACGGAAUGGAUAUAGCCGAACUCAUGAUGGAUUUCAUAGAGUGGCUGGCUAAUCAAGAAUUUGGACACCAAUGUAUUCUGAGCAUCCGGGAUAUUCUGUCAUGGGUCAACUUCAUGAAUGCCAUGGCACAAGAUGGCUUGUCAAAUGCCUCAGAAGAGCACUGCCCUAUUCACAUAUCCCCUGUGACAAUCUUUGUCCAUGCUGCAUGUCUGGUGUACAUAGAUGGGAUCGGUUCAGGAACAACAUCCUGUUCAGCUGGCUCAGCCACUUUGGCUCGUGAAAAAUGUCUGGAAUAUUUGCGUGAAAAACUUGCCCAAAUUGUCUCACUCAGUGAGGAUCAGAGAAAUGAACUCAGAAUUUACGACCUGGAAAGAGAGAGAGAAAUGAUCUGGAUGGAGAAUUGUGUAGGAAUCCAUCCCUUUUUUAUACCAAGAGGCCCUCUUUACCAGAAGAACAAUGUCACGGAGUAUGCUAUAAAUGCAGGCACCACAGCAAUGAAUGCACAACGGUUGUUACGGGCCUUGCAGCUCAGCAAGCCUGUUCUCCUGGAAGGUUCCCCAGGUGUUGGGAAGACCAGCCUAGUAGCAGCCUUGGCAAAGGCUUCAGGAAAUUGCCUUGUACGGAUCAAUCUGUCUGAGCAAACGGAUGUCACAGAUUUGUUUGGCACAGACUUGCCUGUUGAAGGUGGAAAAGGAGGGGAAUUUGCCUGGCGUGAUGGACCUUUACUUGCAGCAUUGAAAUCUGGGGACUGGAUCUUACUAGAUGAACUCAACUUAGCUUCUCAGUCAGUACUAGAAGGCCUGAAUGCCUGCUUUGAUCAUCGAGCAGAGAUUUACGUCCCAGAGUUGGGGAUGAACUUCCGUGUGCAACACAAGAUGACAAAGAUCUUUGGAUGUCAGAAUCCCUACAGGCAAGGAGGUGGCAGAAAGGGGCUCCCCAAGUCCUUUCUGAACAGAUUCACGCAGGUUUAUGUGGACCCACUUUCAGCAGCAGAUAUGGAGUACAUUGGGAACACACUGUUUCCUGCCAUUGGUAAAAAGAAUAUUGCAAGGAUGGUUGAAUUCAACAACAAGAUUGAUGAAGAGAUUAUGAUCCAGAAGAAGUGGGGACAUAAAGGUGGACCCUGGGAGUUCAAUCUCCGUGACCUUUUCCGAUGGUGUCAGCUGAUGCUUGUUGACCAAUCACCUGGAAGUUAUGAUCCAGGCCAACACAUGUUCUUGAUAUAUGGGGAGAGAAUGAGAACAAAAGCGGACAAGGAGAAGGUUGUAUCUUUGUUCAAGGAGACUUUUGGUCAGAAUGCUCCUCCAUAUGUGGGAAGCAGGAAGUUCCACAUCACUCCUUAUGACAUCCAGGUUGGUUUCUCAAUCCUUUCCCGUGCCAACUAUGUUCCUCCUCCUGGCAGAAAUCUGUCACUUCUCCACCAUUCACUCCAGCCCUUGGAAUCCAUUAUGAAAUGUGUGCAUAUGAACUGGAUGGUAAUACUGGUGGGCCCUGCAGCUGCUGGCAAGACCAGCCUCGUCCAGCUACUGGCAUACCUAACAGGACAUCAGUUAAAGAUCAUGGCAAUGAACAGUGCUAUGGAUACAACUGAGUUGCUGGGUGGGUUUGAGCAAGUUGACAUCAUUAGGCCAUGGAAGAGCUUGCUGGAGAAAGUGGAGAAUGUUGUGAGCACACUCUUAAGAGACAGCCUCCUCCUCACUGCUAUCUGUCCAGAUGACGCUGAGGUUGUGUUGCGUGCCUGGAGCAGCUUCGUUCUAAAUUUCAAGCCCAAGGCUCUGGGGGAAGGCAAUCAAACCAUAACCACUGAGGUAGUGAGUAAAUUGGAAGGAGUCCUAGCAUUGGUCCAGCGGCUGAAUACCAAGAUCAGCUCCUACUCAAAACCAGAGUUUUCAAGACUUGUGGAAGAGUUUCGGCACUUCAAACUGCAGGUUGCUCAACAUAUGAAUAACAGUAACCAUGGGACUUUUGAAUGGGUCGAUGGGAUGUUGGUGCAGGCUUUACAGGCUGGAGACUGGCUUCUGAUGGACAAUGUUAACUUCUGCAGCCCUUCUGUGCUGGAUCGCUUGAAUGCUCUGCUUGAACCUGGAGGGGUCCUUACCAUGAGUGAAAGAGGGGUGAUAGAUGGUGUGACCCCCACUAUCACUCCUCAUCCAAAUUUCAGGCUUUUUCUUUCAAUGGAUCCUGCACAUGGGGAAAUAUCCCGAGCCAUGCGGAAUCGUGGGAUCGAGCUGUAUGUUCCUGGGAAUAUUAAUGAGAAUUCACUGGAUCCUCAUGAUGUGAACCUGCUGUUGCAUGGGUUGGGAUUAUCAGGAAACAGCAUAUGUGAUGCACUUGUGGCUGUGCACACAGAAGUGAAAGAAAGCAUAGCAGGUUCCACAUAUACGCUGUCAUCCUUGAUUCAUUCUGCAACACUGAUUGUACAGCAGUUGCACCGAGGACUCGGUUUAAUAAAGAGCUUCUAUAAAGCAUGUUGGCAGGUCUAUGCUUGUACGCAGCAUUCACAAGACAACCAAAAGUUGGUGCUGGAUGUGAUAAUGAAGCAUGUUUCAGCUUUGGAUUCAGAUGAAACAAAAGAUGUUUCUCUCCUUGCCUUGGGCCUGUGGCCAGAUUUGGCAUCCAGUGCUUUGUUUGCAGCUGAAGAUUCUCUCCUUUGUACGGUUUAUAAUGAUGGGCAGGUCCUGGCGUAUUGCUUGAACAGACUGAAUCUAAAAAACAACAGGACCCUUCCCCUUACUAUACAUGACUUUGAGAAAAUUAUACAGUCUGCAAAUCCAGAUUGUCUUAAAUUUGGUGCAGUUGAGACGAGUGCUUCUUGGACAGAUGAGAUGGAGGUCCUUUCUGCAGCGAUUAAGUUAUUCAUAGAAAAGGCAACCAAUCAGGACUGGACUUUGAGAGUUGGGUGGCUAAAUCAGUUAAAAAAGAGCUUAUCCCAGGUGCCUGAAUCAGUGUAUACUCAGCUGGAAGCUGGUGCUGCAUCUCUGAAUAAUUUCUACUUCAGCCCCCUCUCAGGUGGAAUAAGUAAUGUAAUAAAGAUGCUGCAGCCCAAUAUGACAGAUGAACAUGUGAUUCCUAUGGAUCCAAGAUGGAACAUGCAGUGCUUGGAUAUGAUUAGCAAUUCAGUGGAUUUUGAUGCAGAAGUGGAACACUCAGAUCAACUGCUUAUCCUUCUGAAAUCACUUUCAAAUCGGGCAAUAUUGUUUCUUGAUCGGGAGAAAAAUAGCUAUGUUGAAAGGAGCACGAUUAACACAAAAAAGCCAAAAACAAGUGCUUUGAGGGUAUCUCUAGAGUUCCAUAAAGAUCCUGGCAACCACAACUCAAUUCCUCAUGCUAUUGUGGCCAACCUUGCUGCCUUCUUUGAACUUUGGGAUGCCUUUGUGUUGCACUGGGUGAAGUCUACUCAGGAGGCUGUAUCUGAUGAAAAACUGUACGAAAUACUGCAUUGCUUGUUGUGGCGUGACAGGUUUUGGACAACUUCUGACCUGGUAGCUGUGGAUUCUUCUGGCUUGACGCUCUUGUCUCUGCACUGGCACUGGGUUGUGAAACAUUUAAUCAGCAGAAUACCUCAGUUACUGAGUGGCUAUGAACAACAAAAAUUGUCCAAGGAUAUUCAAUCUGUGUCGCAGCAAAUUCAGUCUUGUCUGGCCAAUCCUGUUGGUAAUUUUGUCAGUAUAAAGAAGCUGCAGAAGUCUUUGGGGAGACCACUUCCCUUCAAGGAUAAAGAAGUUGUAGACACUGCUGUCCAGCUGAGGAGACUCUCAAAAGCACUUAAUAUCCUGGAGCUGAGACCCACUUGGGGAGAUGAACAGUGGCAGAAGGAAAUCUGUAUCCUGAAAACUAAUGCCACAGAAUGGAAGAUUAAAAGUGCAUUACUUCAAGCUCAAGGCCUUGUUCUCAGAGCCAAUCAUUUGAAGGAUGUUAGUUCAGAUGAACUGCGGACGUUGAUACAUCUCCAACAGUCAAAGCUGAAGGAAGGUGGUGUAUUGAUUGAGCCUCUUAAAGAAAAACCUGCUGAGGUAGACUGUACAUUGUCACCUCAGAUCUGUAAUAGGGUGCAACUGUGGCCUGCAUUGGAAUAUCUCGCUCUAUUAUGGCAGUACAAGCUGACCUCCGAUUGUAUUGCUGAGGCUUACUCGAAAAGGAAUGACAACAAUUGGCAAUUAAGAAUGCGUUCAGAAAUAAAGCAAUUUAUUACAUUUUGCCUGAAGUUGACACCAGUUACCUCUCAACAGCUUCAAGGACUUAGUUACCUGUUGGAACUUCAGAAGGUCUCUGCAGAAGAAAUUUCUCUGUUGUGGUCAGAUUUAGUGAGUGCUGCUUUAGCAGCAUUCUGGAGCAGCACAGUAACUUUAGACCCACAGCGCUGGCUAUCCUGGCAGCCACUAUCUGUGGAAGGAAAAAAGAUGCCGAAGUCUCUCAUGGAUGGUUCUGCUCAGGGUGUGGGUAUUUUGAGUCGAGCAGUUUUCUCCAAGUGCCUCUCUGAAAUUCUAACUAGCAGCAACAAGUGGAGCCAGUGGGAUGUGACAGGCCUUCCUCUUCUUUCUGCCUCCAAUGUGACCCUGGGAGGGUGCCUGGAGAGAGCACAGCAGCUCCAGGAAGCCAGCACAAUUCUGUGGACCAACCUGGCCUUCUCUGCAAUUGCUGAAUUUAGGUUUACAGAUCCCCGGUUGCAGUGUGUCAUGUUGCAUAGGCAACUUGUGGCUCUCAAGGACCUGCUUCCAGUAGAACUAGAAGAGGAGUAUCUGCGAAAGUGUGACAGGGUUUUCUCCAAGGAUCCAUUGGCUUUUCAGUACCUGUGCAAAGUGCUCAAGGAUGUUGCUGCUCGGGACCUGUUGCCUGAGCAGAUUCUCUGUCUCUGGCUGGCUUGCUUGCAGCAGUUCUUUGGGCAGGAAGGUGGAAGCCAGAACCUGCCUGAAGCAGCUCGCAGAGGAAGCCUCUGGGUCAAUCUAGGGCUGCUGCAAAUUCACUUGUGGCUUCCACAGACUCAGUUUGAUCCUGCGGUGAAAAGGGACUACAAACGCAAAUAUGCAGAAGAAGAGUUGCACCAUCUGGAGUGUGAGUGGAAAACACGUGAUCUAUCAACUCAGUUACACACAGGGAAAGACCUUGAAGAUGAAACUGUCAACAGCCACAGUCACCCUCAUAUCAGGUUAUUAUACCAAAGGAUCCAGAAGCUGAAGGAUCAGAUUUUCAGUCUUGGCCAAAAGCAAGCCUUUAGACCGCAAGUUCCUUCAUAUGAGGUCUUAUAUCAGGAAGUUCAUCAGUAUGUCAGCAACAUUGCACAGACGUCAAAAGUCCAGGAUCUUGUGACACGCCUUCUGCAAUUCCUGCCUGCAGAUAAGUCCCCGUCUGUCCAGGUGGUACAAAAUGUUCUUAAUGAGGAAUCAGCAUGGCAGCAGUCACACCAUCAGUUCAGAAAACGUUUGGCAGAAGACUAUGCGGCCUUUCCUGAUGCAGUUAUUCCUCUGCAAGCUGCCAUUUUGCAGGUGCAGCAUGGACUACGACUUGUCGCUUCUGAAGUCCAUAGAGUAGCAUCCAGCAGUUUUGUCAGUCCGGCCAAACUCAGUGCCCUUGUUGCUUCUCUGCUGUCGUUCCCGUCCAUUAGCAGCACCUUUCCCAGUUACCUUUCCCGUGCAGAUGCUUUGUGCUCUGUGAACGCCCUUGAUGUCCUUCAUGGCCUUAAGCGGUUCACUCUGAAAUACUCUGCUGAAGACUCUGAUGGAGACCAGGGAAUUUGUCUUACCCAGGAGCAACUGUUAGUGAAUGCUUUACUGUAUCUCCAUUGCCAUGCAGUGUCCAAGGGAGAACUGGAUCAUAAAUCUCUGCAGCUUUUUAGACAUCUGUGUCAGGUAAUUAUAAAUGAAUGGGAUGAGCAGGAACGCCAGGCCCAGGAAGAAGAGGAACAAAAGAACAGUCUUUAUAGAUACAAGAGAAAGAGUCAUGGAAGUGGACUCACUGAAGCAGAGGAGGAGGAGAGAGAGUUCAGGAAGAAAUUUCCUCUUCACGAGAAGGAUUUUGAAGACAUUACAGCUCAGGAGAGCCUUGAGGGGAAAAUGGAAAUGGAAGACAGUUUAAAAGAUGAAGUGGUCCCUGAAAAUACUCUUCUUUCUCAUCACUCAAUGAAAACAGUGAUUAAAGUUCAUCAGCAGCUAUGCCUUUACUUCGCACGAUCGUUGUGGUAUCAGCAAAACUUGCCCAGCAAUCAGGCUAAGCAUCAUUUGAGUGCAUUUCUCUCUUGUUAUCAGACUGGUGCUUCACUGGUGAAUCACUUCUAUCCUUUGAUCGGUUCCGAAAUGAAUGAUAAUAUUCAUGGCAGUCAGCUUUUAGCUAGCACAGUACUGCAGAAUACGCUUUUUGAAGAAGGGUCUUCAGAGCUUACCAUACAGAAUGAAGGGCCAUAUGAUUUUUAUCACCAUCCUAAUAUUCAGCAAGUACGGCAGUGCCAACACGUGCUUAAAAACUUUACUAAAGAAGUAAAAACACUACUGCAAGAGUGGCCUGAACACCCUGCACUUGUCCAGCUCUUGGUUGUGAUGAACAGGAUCUGUAGCUUUCCACUGUCCAGUCCUCUUUCGAAGUUCCUGAAUGGCUUGGAAAUUUUGUUGGCCAAAUCUCAGGAUUGGGAGGAGAAUGCCAGUCGAGUCGUAUCUCUGAGGAAGCACCUUGAUUUGAUCACUCAGUUGAUCAUUCAGUGGCGUAAACUAGAGUUGAAUUGUUGGUCUGUCAGUUUGGACAACACAAUGAAGCAUCAUGCAGAAAAAUCGAUGAAACACUGGCUUUCAGUCUAUCAGAUGAUCGAAAAAUAUAGGCAAGAGCAGAGAGAGAAGCAAACAGAAGGUAACUAUAAUAGCAUUGUAGAAAAAAUGUCAAGCUUUCAGGACUAUUCCUUAAUAGGUAGGCCUUUAGUGCUGAAGGGUAGGGGGGAAAUUUCUGAGUUUUUUUUUUUUUUACUUCUUUCAGACAUGCUGUGCAAUGUGUUAUGGAAUCUAUAUAAUUAUUAUAAGCAGUUUUCAGAAAGUGUUCAUGCCAAGUUGACUGAACUUCGGCAUCCAAUAGAAAAAGAACUAAAGGAGUUUGUGAAAAUCUGUAAAUGGAAUGACAUCAGCUUUUGGGCUGUAAAACAGUCUGUGGAGAAGACACACAGGACCCUUUUUAAGUUUAUGAAGAAGUUUGAAGCCAUUCUGAAUGAACCUUGUCGAUUUGCCUUGGUGGAGACAGCCAAAGAAGAGCAACUCAUUUCCUUGCAGAAACAGGAGGCAGUGGACAACCAUGAAACUAAAAUUCAGUGCCUGAACAAGCUAUUAAGAAAAUACCUGACUGCUAGAACUGAAGCUGUUCAGGCUGCUCAUUUUGAGGGAUUCCAAGCAGAAGUGUUCAGUCCCGAAUCCCUCCAGGGCCGCUUACCUAAACUCACAAAGCGAAUGAAGAAGAUAUGUACAACCCUAGUGAAAAACAACUCACUUUUAGAUCUGGUGGAGAACCUUGACAAUUUCACAGGUGACAUAAUUUCCUCAGCCCAUGAGUUGCAGAACAUGUCCGUGAAUCCAGCUGCAGAAAGGGAAAAACAGAAGUCUGAAAUCAAACAUCUACUUGUGCAAAAACAAAGGGCCUUGACAGAGCUCUUUAAAAACCUUGCAGCUACAGGAUUGUCGUAUCGCAAAGGCCUUGCUUGGUCUCGUUCAAAAACCUCCCAGGAACUGCUUUUUCUUCAUCCAUUGGAUUUGCGCAGUGCAUUAGCCUUGGUUAACUGCACACACAGACUGGAUGCCAAGUUACUGUCUGAGAUCUCUUCCUCCUGGGAUGGAUGCCAGAAAUACUUCUACCAGUCCCUUGCACGCCACUGUAGGCUUCAGACAGUUUUAUUAACACCUUCAAAGGAAAUUGGACUUGGCACUGUGGAGAGGUGUAAAGGCUUUACAGCACACCUCAUGAAGAUGCUCGUCAAGCAGAGGAAUUCUCUCACUGCCUUGACGGAGCAGUGGAUUUUCCUGAGGAAUCUUCUGAGCUGCAUACAGGAGAUUGAUAGCAGACUGAGUGUUCCUAGUGAAUAUGAAGUAGCAUUUCCUCCUCAAGAUGGUGUUCAGCAGUGGACUGAUAGGUUGCAGUAUCUUUCCAUGCAGUGUAUAGUAGUCCUGGAGCAGCUGUCCUGGUUAAUAGAGUGCUGUCCAAAAGCCCAGUUGAGUGAUACCACAAUACAGUUUGAAGGAACAGAACUGAAUCCACCCAAUGUUCUGAAGUCCACAGCUGAGCUUAACCCUUCAGAGCUACAAUAUCUCACUCCAGUGACUGCUGAUCAGCUGCCUGUUGGAUGCAAGAUGCGAAAGCAUGAUCCAUUGUGUCAAGAACUGGCUUCUAGAGUGAAAGAAAUGCUAGCUGAGGUUAAAACAAUAAAGUCAGAUGUGGCCAGAAUGAGGCAACUGUCUUGUGAGACACUCUUCCAUUCCUGGAAAAGCUUUGAAGUGUGCUCCUCAGGAAUAGAAUGCUUGCUGAAAGUUUCAACCCAACUGCAGGAUAUAGAGGCCUUGUUUGUUCCACCUAAAUUGGAAGUCAGUCAGACUGCAUCACAGAUGGCAUUAAUCAGAAGUCUCAUAUACAUUCAAGGCGAAAUUAAUAAAAGUGUAGAUGAUUUCGCAAUCUGGAGAACACAACUGUUCAGUUCCAUUUCUCACUGUGAUGAACAAAAAUCAGAUGAUGGGUUUGUAGAACUCUUCUCGGAACAAAUAGAAGUUGCAAUUCAAGCUAUUUUGAGUGCUAUACAGUGUUUAGUAGAAAGAAGAAAGGAAAAAGAGGAAAGGGAUACCUCUUCGAAGGAGGAUGGGGAAGACUCCUCGGUUAACAAGCUCAAAGCAGGCCAUUUAACUAAACACUUGGAUGAGGACAUCUGUUCAGAUGUGAAUUCUUUACAUGUACAGAAAAUAAUUUCAGUUGUUUCAGAACUCCUGGAGCGGCUAAAAUCCUAUGGGGAGGAUUAUACUGCAUACAAGUGCAAGCUUUUCAAUCAAUCCUGCCACUUAUUGGUGCGACUGAUGCCAAUACUGUACAAGUAUUCCAAUGUCAUCCUCUUCUAUCUCACUCUUUCCUUGGCCACGCACAGGAGCACUGGGAAACUGCUUUCUGUUCUAACUAACAUAUUUACUGAGCUUGCCCAGAAGGGUUUUUGUUUACCAAAAGAGCUAAUGGAGGAGGCUGCUGGAGAGGGAGGAACAGAAUUCCAUGAUUAUGAAGGUGGUGGUCUUGGAGAAGGAGAAGGCAAAAAGGAUGUCAGUGACAAAAUAGAAAAUGAAGAUCAGGUAGAAGAUACUUACCAAAAGGGUCAAGAGAAGGAGAAUGAAGACCCUGAAUCCAAACCAGAUGUUGAAGGAGAAGACAAUGCAAUUGAAAUGACAGAGGAUUUUGAAGGAAAAACAUAUGAUGAUGAGAAAGAAAAGCAAGAAGAUGGUGAACAGUCUGACGAAGAUGAAGAAUUAGAUAAACAAAUGGGAAAUCUUGGAGAUGCUGAAGCUGACAAAUUAGACGAGCGGCUUUGGGGGGAUAAUGAAGAUGACGAGGAAGAGGAAGAGGAAAGUGAUAAUGAGGAUAAUAUAACAGAAACUGGGCCAGGAAUGGAUGAGGGUGAUUCAGAACUUGUCGCAAAAGAUGAUAAUAUGGAUGUUGACAAUGAAAAUAAGAAACCAUCCAAAGAUGAAGAAAAACAGAAGCAAGCAGAUGAUGAAAAAACGAAAGAGAAAAUCCAUGAACAAAUAGAUGAGAAUGAAUAUGAUGAGAAUGAGGUGGAUCCGUAUCAUGGAAAACAAGAGAAACAGCCUGAAGCUGAAGCGUUUGAACUUCCUGAGGACCUGAACCUAGAAAAUGGACAGAAAGAUGAUGAAGACAAGGAAGAAGAAGGAGAAAAUCCUUUUGAGAUUGAAGAAAAGACCAUGGACAUAGAUGAAAAGGAGAUGAAGGAGAAGGACUCUGAAGAUACAGGUGAAGAAGGUCAGGAUUCUGAACAAGUUGAAAAAGAAUCUCCCGAAGAUGAAGGAGAUGAAAAAAUGGAAGAAGAAACAAAGGAAGAAGGAAGCUCAGAGCACCCUGAUGCAGGUACAGAAGAAAAAGAAGAAUCCCCAACAGAAGACCAAAAAGAACCUCUUGAAGAGAGAGAAAGAGGCAUCCCUGCUGAUGACCAAGGCCUUAAUCCUCAGCUUCAGGAAAACGAGGACAUCAAUAAUCCCAAUGAAGACGAGCAGUUACCUCAUGCGGUUGAAAGAAUGGAACAUGAAACAUGUGGACAAGCAGGAGAUGAGAACCUGCAAAGUGACACUGCUGUAGAACUGGCUGGAACUGCUUCUGAGAAGGACCAGGCAAAAGAGGAGCAUGGAAGUGGAGCUGCUGAUGCAAAUCAGUCAGAAGGGCAUGAAUCCAAGUCAGUGGCACGCUUGACUUCUCAGAAACAAAGUGGAAAAAAUACACAGAGUUUGAAAAGAAAACCUGGACAAGCUGACAAUGAGCGCCUGAUGGGAGAUCACAAUCAAUAUGUUCACAAGCGUUUGAGGACUUUGGAGUCCAGCAGUGAAGCAGAGCAGACGCCUGUUGAGCCUGAACAAAAUGUGGGAGAAGCAGAUGCUUUUGAGCACAUUAAGCAAGGCAGUGAAUCCUAUGAUGCUCAGUCGUAUGAUGUAGCUAGUGAAGAACAACAAAAAAUGGGCAUGCCUGUUAAUGAAGAUAAUGAAGAACCAAUUUCUGAAGAUGCAGCAAUGGAAAUGGACACAGAGACGGUUGAAAUGCUUAAAGCUGCAGAGACGGAGAAACUGAAUCCAGAAGUAAAGAUGUCUGGUGCUUCCAAAUCUGGUACUGCGGAAGUGGAAUUGGAGAGCCAAGCUCUCAGUUCUGAAGAUGACAUUGAAGGGAGAGCAGACAAGUCACCAUCAGAAGUAAAGCCAGAUAGAAACAAGCAUUCAACUAUACAUACUGCUCACCAGUUCUUGAGGGAUACAUCUGUCCAGCACAUUGUUAAGAAUCCUGAACAGCUGAGACAAGAACUAGAGAAGCAGCUGGAAGAUUGGCAGACAGGACACAUUGCUGAGGAAAAGGCAGCAGCAGAUAUGUGGCAGAGAUACCAUCUACUCACUGCACCUCUUUCACAGCAGCUCUGUGAACAGCUUCGACUCAUCCUGGAGCCAACUCAGGCAGCCAAGCUGAAAGGCGACUAUAGAACAGGGAAAAGACUGAACAUGCGCAAAGUUAUUCCUUAUAUUGCUAGUCAAUUUCGAAAGGAUAAAAUCUGGUUACGAAGGACCAAACCCAGCAAACGACAGUACCAGAUUUGCUUGGCCCUUGAUGAUUCGGCCAGUAUGGUGGACAACCACUCUAAACAGCUUGCUUAUGAAUCCUUGGCAGUGAUUGGAAAUGCUUUGACUCUCUUAGAAGUGGGGCAAAUUGCUGUAUGUAGUUUUGGAGAGACAGUUCAGUUACUGCAUCCAUUCCAUGAACAAUUCAGUGACCAGUCAGGAACCCGAAUACUACAGCUCUGCAAAUUUGAGCAAAAGAAAACUAAGAUUGCUCAGUUCUUGGAAUCCACAACAAGCAUGUUUGCUGCAGCACAGCAAUUGUCUCAAAACAUCAAUCCAGAAACUGCUCAGCUGCUCCUGAUAGUGUCAGAUGGACGAGGACUUUUCCUUGAGGGCAAGGAGCGAGUCACUGCAGCUGUUCAGUCUGUUCAGAAUGCGAAUAUCUUUGUCAUUUUUGUAGUGUUGGACAACCCUAAUUCACGGGAUUCCAUCUUGGACAUUAAAGUACCUGUGUUCAAAGGUCCAGGAGAAUUACCAGAAAUAAGGUCAUACAUAGAAGAAUUUCCCUUUCCUUUCUACAUCAUCCUCCGAGAUGUGAAUGCUCUCCCAGAAACUCUCAGCGAUGCGCUCAGGCAGUGGUUUGAAUUGGUGACUGCUUCAGAUAGCCUGUAGAGAUUGCCAAGUCAAAUGAUAUCUUAUUGCCAAUUCAUCAGUGAAUUUGAGCUGCUGUUGAAAUGAGCCAUAAAUCACACAAAACACACAUUCUCUCAUGACAGUGAUGGAGACUAUGCAAUCCCUGGUCAAUUUGAACAGUGUUCACUUUUUUGUAUCUGGAAAUUGUGGGAAACAACCACCUUCCUUUGAUUACUCUUUUAAGUAAUUUAUUCUAAGGUUUAUUUAGUAUUUCGAUACUGUUAUGAAAUACGCAAUUCCUAAGACUCUGUUCCUAUAGUAGUAAGAAGCUAGUCUUGCUUAUGAGAGAGGAAGUUGCAACUAAAGCUUUCUAACCAUCAUCUUUAAAACUGUCUCCUUGCUCACAUGCAAGUAGACUCUAUGUUGCAAAGCAGGGCGGCGGGGCUUAGAUUUUACACAGCCAAAAAAACAAACUGCUAUGUGAAUACUUGAAACUGUUCAAUGUUGCUGAAUAGUUGCUGGUUGUCUGAUAAUGCUAGUAGGGUAUUUUUAUGACAGAGAAGAUGCUGCAUUUCAUUUUACACUGUGACGUUUGACCUCUGUCCUAGGCAAAUAUUACAACAUGCAUUUUGAUAUCCUAAACGCAUGCACCGGACUCUUUUGCCUCUCAACCCAUUUUUCAUUGCAAAAACUAUGCAUCAUUUGUGAUUAUUAAUAAAUAUGUUGUUUCUAA